CAGUAAGAGUGUGUUUGUUAGAGUAGAAAGAGAGAGUAAAGUUGCUUAAACCAAUCUCACUAUACUCAGGUCGUCCAAAGCCAAUCUCCUGGAGAAAGAAAUAAAGAAAGAAACGGAGACGAAGAAGAAGCAGAUUAGUUGAUUUAUUAACCAGCAACAAAAAGGAGACCAUAAUUUUUGAGCAAUUGAAGCUGAAUUGAACUCCUAAUUAGUGAAGAUGAAAUAUGGGAAGGAGUAUUUGUCACAAAUGUUGCCCGAGUGGAAGGAAGCUUACUUAGACUAUACACAUCUCAAAACAUUGUUGAAAGACAUACUCAGAUUCAAACAAAAGGAAGGGGAGCAUAAAGGACAAACCCAACAGGAAUCAUUGGUUCGAGAUUUGACAUUCUACAGGUCCUUCAGCGGAUUACACAAACGAAAGAGUCAUGAUUUCAAAUAUGGAGGAGGAGGAGAUAUUGAAGAUCAAUUUAUAGUGGUCAAAGAAGUCAAAGGAGCAAACUCGAAUGUCAAAUACGAAACCAACUUCCUUGAAGAUGCAACUGACCAAGAAGUAGUUUUCUUCAACACCCUUGAUUAUGAGUUCAGCAAGGUUGAUAAGUUUUACAAGGACAGGGUUGAGGAGGUUAUGAACGAAGUCUUGCUGCUUAAUAAGCAGAUGGAUGCGCUAAUUGCGCUACGGAUCAAGGUCGAAAACCCGAAUCUUGAUAUGUCAUUGUCAGGUGCAGUGAGGGAGCUCGUAGCUGAUGUUGCUAACUUGGCUGCUACUUCAACUGUUUCUAACCCAAGCCCCCCGAGAAUGCCAAGAAAAGAGCAAAUGUUUGUGAUACAAGAAACGGGGUUAGCAGACGAAGAAGAUUCUGAGGGCUCUAAUGGAGGUGUGGAUGUUGAUAAGAGUAAUGGUGGCAGUGACAACUUUAAACCAGCUCAUCUAGAAAUUCUUGAACAUGUUAAAAUCAACAAUGAACCAGAAACUCCAAAGUCAACUAUCAAAGCCAUGCUCCUCAAGGGUUCCAAAGAUAAGAAAUUGAAAUUUAACAGGAAGCAGUUGAAAAGGGCCGAAGAGCAACUAAAGCAGGUUUUCAUUGAAUUCCACUGGAAGCUUCGCCAACUAAAACAUUAUAGUUUUAUGAAUCUAAAGGCACUGUCAAAGGCGAUGAAGAAAUAUGACAAGAUUACGUUGAGGGGUGCAUCAAAAUCAUACCUAUGGGCAGUGGAUAACUCUUACAUUGGCAGCUCUGAUGAGAUUACUGCGGUUUUGGAGAGAGUGGAGACCACCUUUGUCAAGCACUUCUGUGACUCAAACCGCAGAAAAGGUAUGAAAUCCUUGAGGCCAACAGCGAAGAAGGCAAAGCACAAAACAACAUUCUUUCUAGGAUAUUUUGCUGGAUGUACCACAGCUCUUUUAGUGGCUCUUGUUUUGGUUAUAAAUGCGAGGAAGCUUGUGCAUAAGGAAGGAAGAACUCAGUAUAUGGAGAACAUAUUUCCACUUUAUAGUUUAUUUGCAUUUAUCAUCCUACAUAUGCUCAUGUAUGCCGUGAACAUAUACUUUUGGAGAUGUUAUCGAGUCAACUAUCCAUUUAUAUUUGGUUUCAAGCAAGGGACUGAGUUGGGAUACCGAGAAGUAUUUCUCCUCAGUGCUGGUCUGACACUACUUUCACUAGCUGGUGUCCUUGCGAACCUGGACAUGGAGAUGGAUCCAGGCACUCAAAGCUAUCAGACAGUCACUGAGUUAGUUCCUUUGGGAUUAGUUACUCUCGUACUUGCCAUAGCAUUUUGCCCCUUCAACUCUAUAUAUCGUUCUGGUCGUUUUUUCUUUAUCAAAUCAAUAUGGCGCUGUAUUUGUGCUCCUUUCUACAAGGUUACACUCAUUGACUUUUUCCUGGCAGACCAACUUACUAGCCAGGUCCAAGCCUUCAGGAGUCUUGAGUUCUAUAUUUGCUACUAUGUAUGGGGAGACUUUAGAAAGAGACAGAACAGUUGCCGCCAGAGUGCCAUCUACAAUUCUUUCUAUUUCAUUGUAGCAGUCCUCCCGUACUGGUCUCGGUUGCUCCAGUGUCUCCGUCGGUGGGUUGAAGAGAAAGAUGUGUCUCAGGUAUACAACGGUCUAAAAUACCUCCUGACAAUAAUUGCAGUCCUAAUGAGGACAGCCUACGAUUUAGAGAAGGGAACGAGUUGGAGAGCUGUAGCUAUAAUUAGCUCUGCCAUUGCUGCAAUCAUGAGUACUUAUUGGGACAUCGUCAAAGAUUGGGGACUUCUUCAACGGCAUUCAAAGAACCCUUGGCUGAGAGACAAACUUCUCAUAUCACACACCAGCGUCUACUUCAUAGCCAUGGUGCUUGAUGUUAUUCUAAGACUUGCUUGGCUGCAAUCUGUUGUGAACUUCAAUGUGCCUUUGUUGCAUCGAACAGCCUUAACCACCAUAGUAGCAUGUCUGGAAAUUCUCCGUCGAGGGAUGUGGAAUUUCUUCAGGUUAGAGAACGAGCACUUGAACAAUGUCGGGAAGUUCCGUGCAUUCAAGUCAGUCCCACUCCCUUUUAAUUACUAUGAUGAAGACAGUAGCAAGGAUGAUUAGAAAAUUAACAGAGGAAAUGUUACAACACCUGAAAGCCUAGGAGACAACCGAAUGACACCUCCAGCUAGCUUUCCACAUUUUAGGGGGCUUAUCGAGCGAACCGAUGUCUGUAUCAUUUCCACUCAUCGAACCCUGUAUGGGGAUUCAUUACAAGAUAGUACCAAGCUUAUUUAGCCAAUGCAGCUGAAAGACUAGGUAUUAAAGUCAGGAUCUUCGACACUGGAGCUGGCCCGUUUCACCAUGUUUUGGAUCAAAUAUUAGCCUGUACACAGAAAGAGUAACUACUUCCAGGAGUUAACUAACGCGAACCAAUUUUUUACCCCACUGGAAAUCCAAAGAAAGUCUAAAGCUGUUCUGUUGGGCAUACCCUGCGGUGAAUGGUGAAGUUAUCAGUACUACCGGGCAAGCCAUGAAGAAUCCAACAGACUGAGAGAGCACAAGGACUUGAAUGAGAAACCUACUAUCAGUCUUCGACGGUCAUGGAAAAGUCGAUGCAUAAAAGUCAUUACUGUGAAAUUGUAAUUACAUCAUGAUCAGGGACGGACUCAGAAAUUAGCCUAGGGUAGGGCUAUUUCUGCAUACAAGUUAUGGCGGCCGAAGGCCGUCGAAAAUUUUUAGAUGGUAAAAAGUACGAUUAAGAUGUUGAUCUAUUUAAUUUUUGUAUAUUCCGUAGAGUAGUGAUACACUCACCGCUCUUAUCUCUCGCGUUUCAUCCCAAGAGGGGAAUGGACGGUCCCUGCAUCGUUCUUAGUAUCGAGAUCAUAAAUGUGGUAAAGUGGGUCCCAACAUCUAUUAGAGGCGGGAUUUAUGAGCGGGGUAUUUUGUCGGGAUAGCUAGCAUUUCCGUAUUCCGUAAUGUUAAAGGAAAUAGUGAUGCUCUUCAUUCUCUACACCAUGUUUUCUACUUAUCUACACCAUUUUGGUGGUUUUAUCUACUCUUUUGAGGCUUA